AUGAUCAUGAUGUUUUCAAAUGUAUGCAAGUAUGCCUUCGACGAUGUAAAGAUGAAAGAUACCGACACCCAUGUCAGCGGCGGUGCUCUGAGCCAUGUGGAGACUGCGCUCAUGUUGUUCAAAUUCGCCUGGACUGCGGACAUUCCACAAAUGUUAUGUGUUACGCGUCGAAUAAAGCUGUUUGUCACGAACGAUGUGGUGAACCUUGUGAGCCUUGUACCUCGCCCUGUCUCACAAGUUGUAAGCAUCAGGAGUGCGGAAAAAGUGAUCGCAGCCAGGUGCUAUGAAGUGUGUGAUGUGCGACCUUGCGAGCAACCAUGCACUUUGCGAUUACCAUGCGGCCAUGGCUGCCUAGGAAUGUGUGGAGAAGAUUGUCCACGUCUCUGUGGUACUUGCAACAAACAGGCUUAUGUUAACAUGGUAGAGGAGUCUCUGGGUGCCAAGGCGACGAUGACAAAAAUCCGAAGAAUUAUAGAGGUCGAGCGAUGUCGCCAUAUAUUCCUUGUUGAGGUCCUCGACAAGCAUAUGAAAAUCGCCCAAGACCAGUCCAAAGCGCUGCUUUGCCCCCACCCUUCAUGUCAUCAGCCGAUAAUUCGAAUCCAGCGAUACGCAAAACUAAUCAAAAAGAAGAAUCUGGAAUGUUAUAAUCAGAAAAUCCAAGUACAAGGCGAUAUCCCUCGCAACACGGUCAUAGGUGCGAUGAGCAAAUGUAUGAACCGUCUUAUUGCUGAGCAAAAGGAAAUAUUUAAAAUCCUAUCAAAUCGAAGAGUAUCUCACAGAGAUCUGUAUGUCGACGUGAGAAAUUUGCUAACUGAUGCUCAUCGAUCGAUCUCAAAAGAACGUUUGGUUAAAUUGGAGUUGUGCGAUUUUUGGAGAGACUAUUCGAGGUGCCUUGUUCUGGUAUCACGACUGAUGCAGCUUUUGGUCAAUGCUAUGCCUUUGAAGAAAUCACUUAAAAAUCUGUUUGAGCUGUUCCACGAAGUUCUGCCACAAGGGGCUCGAGAAGCUUUUGUGAACGAAAUGCGGCAGCUUUGUGACUGGUUAUCAAAUUAUGGUAAAACGAGGUUGAGUGGUGUUGUGGUGCCCCGUGCACGAUAUCUGGCUAUUCGCUCAAUAUUCUUCAGUGAUAUGAUGGAGUUCGGUAAAUUAUGUCGUCUGCAGGACAAAGAUCUCCCGAAUGAAGCCGCCGCGAAAUUGAUUCAAAACUGUAUCCAACAGUUCCUUGCAGCCACACCGGAUCGGAAUUAUUUGGAACUGCUCGACAACUUCGAAGAUGCACUCGUCAGUACGUUGAAAGAAAUGGGUAUUGUCGGAAAGUUCAACAACCGCACUCAAGCCGGCUUCGAACUGCCUGAUUUUUGA